AUGCCUUUCCGACAACGCAUGGCCCGCCACUUUGGCGAUUCUCUGUCCCCCGAAAAGGCCUACCUCAGCUACUACGAUGUCCUCCUCACCGUCGAAGACAUCAAAUCGCUUAAGAAUGAUUGGCUGACCGACAACAACAUUGCCUUUUGGGAAGAGUAUCUCGAGCACGAGACUCUUCCGCGAUUUCCCCAGGCGCGCAUCAUCCUGCUGCGACCCAGCAUGACGUUUCUCCUCAUGAAAGAACCCGACAUGCGCCAUGUCCAGGCGGCCCUGCCCGACUUUUCCAAGGUCACCCACGUCUUCCUGCCCAUCAACGACAACCGGAAUGUUGCCCAGGCCGAGGGCGGAAGCCACUGGUCGCUGCUGCUGGUGUCUGUUCUCGACGGCAUUGCCUUUCACUACGACUCUCUCGGCGGCGCCAACUAUGCAGAGGCAGCCCUUGCGACGCGGAAGCUAGGUACCAUUGUCGGACGACAGAUUCGAUUCAUCAACCUGGAGGAUUCGCCUCAGCAGGAAAACGGAAGCGACUGCGGCGUGUUUGUCUGUCUUUUGAUGCGACACCUGCUCGUCAAGCGCCUGCUGGUGGCCAAUGCGCGAGAAAAGGUGUCAAUGAGCAUGGCCGGAAAAAUGGUCGAUAGCAACGGUGGCCGGAAAGAGAUGCUCAAGAUUAUCGAAAACUUGCGCAAAGAGGGAGAGCGUCGCAGAUCUGCGAGUCCCUUUACCUCAACCAAGACUCCCCCGCGAAUUGAAUAG